CUGGCAAUUCAGUGCGGCCCGUUUACAGCGGAGCCGUGGUGGCCUGGGUGGCAUCAGUUGGUGAGUGCAGACGCCAGCCUAGCAACACCUCCUAAGCAACCAGAGCUCAGGAAACCAGAGAGAUCCGGGAAGAAAGAGAAACCCAGAAGGAGAAAAGGGCUCUAAAGAGUCCAGCUUCUCUGAGUUCCCUCAGGUGCUGGUGGAGACCGGUUACAUGGUAGCAACAGGAGACUGAGAUUCUAGACAUCAAUCAAGAGAACUACUUCAAGAGCAGCAGUGGUUUGUGGGUGUGUGUUCUGCACUGAACCUGUGGUGGUUUUUCUCAUCGCAGCAGAACUGAAGCAAAUACAUUUCUUUCAGGUGCAAAAUUGGAAAUGGCUUCCCCAGAACCUAAGGGCCUCGUUCCCUUCACCAGAGAGUCUCUCGAACUUAUGAAACAGCAUAUUGCUAAAAAGCACAGUGAGAAACACAAAGAAGAUUUAAAGCCAAACACUGACUUGGAAGUGGGAAAAGAGUUUCCAUCUGUUUAUGGAAAUCUUCCUCGCGGAAUGGUGUCAGAGCCCUUGGAAGAUGUGGACCCAUACUACAAGAAUAAAAAUACUUUCAUGGUAUUAAAUAAAAAGAGAACAAUCUUCAGAUUCAAUGCUACCUGGUGUACAUUGUCUCCUUUCAGUACAAUUAGAGGAACAACUAUUAAGAUUUUGGUACAUCCCUUUUUCCGACUUUUAAUUUUAAUUAGUGUCCUGAUUGACUGCAUAUUUAUGACCAUGACUGAUUUGCCAAAAUGGUGGCCAGCAUUACAGAAUACUUUGCUUGGCAUUUACACAUUUGAAAUACUUGUAAAACUCAUUGGAAGAGGCAUCUGGGCAGGACCUUUUUAUUUCUUUGGUGAUCCCUGGAACUGGCUUGAUUUCAGUGUAACUUUAUUUGAACAUAUAACAAGAUACUCACCUCUAAACUUCAUUCUACUAUUUAGAAUUACAAGAAAUUUGAGAAUUUUGAAAAUUAUUCCUUUAAACCAAGGUCUGAAGUCUUUUGUAGGGAUCCUGAUCCAUUGCUUGAAGAAACUUACUGGAGUCAUUAUCCUAACUCUGUUUUUUCUGAGCCUGUUUUCUCUAAUUGGGAUGGGGCUCUUCAUGGGUAACCUAAAGCAUAAAUGUUUGCGAUGGCCCCGAGAAAAUGAAACUGAACCCCGGCACAACAGAACUGGUAACCCAUAUUAUAUUCGAGAAACAGAAAACUUUUAUUAUUUAGAAGGAGAAAGGUAUGCUCUCCUUUGUGGCAACAGAACAGAUGCUGGUCAGUGUCCUGAAGGGUAUGUGUGUGUAAAAGCUGGCAUAAAUCCUGAUUCUGGAUACACAAAUUUUGACAGUUUUGGCUGGGCCUUCUUUGCUCUGUUUCGGUUAAUGACACAGGAUUACCCUGAAGCACUUUAUCACCAGAUCCUUUAUGCUUCUGGGAAGGUCUACAUGAUAUUUUUUGUUGUGAUAAGUUUUUGGUUUGCCUUUUACAUGGCAAGUUUGUUCUUGGGCGUUCUUGCUAUGUCCUAUGAAGAAGAAAAACAGACAGCUGCUGAAAAAGCUAAGAAGUUUGAACCAUUUCAGCAGACUUUAAAAGAAUUUCAAGAAGAAAGUGAAGCAGCUGAGACCAAGACCAUACAAAUAGAAAUGAAGAAAAGAUCACCACCUUCUAUGAUCACUUCUUUGGAUAUGUUGGAUGAUGCUACUAUCAGACAUAAAGAAGAACUUAAAAAAUCCAGGAAGAGAUGCUUAUUAUGUUGGUAUAAAUUUGCUAAAGCUUUUUUGAUCUGGAAUUGUUCUCCCUGUUGGUUAAAAUUGAAAGAGCUUGUCCAUAUGAUUAUAAUGGACCCAUUUACUGAUCUUAUUCUUACCAUAUGCAUAAUUCUAAACAUGUAUUUUUUGGCCUUGGAACAUUAUCCAAUGAGUGAAGAAACCAUCAGUAUUCUCAGCAUUGGAAAUUUGGUUUUUAUUGGAGUUUUCACAGCAGAAAUGAUUUUUAAAAUUAUUGCCAUGCAUCCAUAUGGGUAUUUCCAAGUAGGAUGGAACAUUUAUGAUAGCCUAAUUGUGUUUCAUGGUUUAGCAGAACUUUAUCUAAUGAAUAUUCAUGGAAUGGCUCUUUUUCGAUCACUCAGGGUGUUGCGAAUUUUCAAGUUGGGGAAAUUCUGGACAACAUUUAACAUGCUGAUGCUGACUCUUGGUAACUCAUUGGUGGCCCUGAAAGACUUGGUCCUGCUGUUGGUCACAUUCAUGUUCUUUUCUGCUGUGGUCGGCCUGAAGCUAUUUGGUUUGAGUUACAAAGAAUGUGUCUGCAACAUAGACAAAGACUGUCAACUCCCACACUGGCAUAUGCAUGACUUCUUCCACUCCUACCUGAAUGUGUUCCGGAUUCUCUGUGGAGAGUGGAUAGAGACUUUAUGGGAUUGUUUUAAGGUAGCAGGCCAAUUCAGUUGUAUUCCUUUUUACAUGAUGGUCAUUUUAAUUGGAAACUUAUUGAUACUUUACCUCUUUCUGGCAUUGGUGAGCUCAUUUAGUUCAUACAAGACUGCAACAACUGAAGAGAACGAUGAAGCAAAAAAUCUCCAGCAUGCAGUGGCAAGGAUUAAGAAAGGAAUAAACUAUGUGCUUUCUAGAAUAUUAUGCCAAAAACAAAAUGUUCUAAAGGAGACAAUGGACAAUGUAAAUGAUAUAUAUGUUAAAGAGAAUAUUUCUGACCAUACUCUUUCUGAAUUGAGCAACACCCAAGAUUUCCUCAAGGAGAAGGAAAAAAGCAGUGGCACAGAGAAAAACACAGGGACCGAAAAUGAGAAUCAAUCACUUCUCCCCAGUCCCAGUGCCUCAGAAACUGUACCAAUUGCUUCAGGAGAGUCUGAUAUAGAAAAUCUGGAUAAUAAGGAGGUUCAGAGCAAGUCAGGUGAUGGAAGCAGCAAAGAGAAGGUGAAGCAAUCUAGCUCAUCUGAAUGCAGUACAGUAGAUAUUGCUCUCUCUGAAGAAGAAGAAAUGGUCUAUGAAUGUGAAAAACCAAAGCAUCUUAAAAACGGUUAUGGACGAAGAUCUUCACCUGGUCAAAUCAGUAGAGAAUCUAAGAAAGGAAAAAUUUGGCAGAACAUAAGGAAAACCUGCUGCAAGAUAGUAGAAAACAGUUUUUUUAAAUGUUUCAUUGGCUUUGUCACUCUGCUCAGCACAGGUGCUCUGGCUUUUGAAGAUAUAUAUAUCGAUCAGAGAAAGACUAUUAAAAUCUUAUUAGAAUAUGCUGACAUGAUCUUCACCUACAUCUUCAUUCUGGAAAUGCUUCUAAAGUGGAUGGCGUAUGGUUUUAAAGCCUAUUUCAGUAGUGGCUGGUACAAGCUAGACUUUAUGGUUGUUAUUGUGUUUUGUCUUAGCUUAAUAGGCAAAUCUCGGGAAGAACUAAAACCACUUAUUUCCAUUAAAUUCCUUCGGGCACUCAGAGUUCUAUCUCAGUUUGAACGAAUGAAGGUGGUUGUGAGAGCUUUGAUAAAAACAACUUUACCUGCUUUGAAUGUGUUUCUGGUCUGCCUUAUGAUCUGGCUGGCUUUUAGCAUCGUAGGAGUACACUUAUUUGCUGGCACAUUCUAUGAAUGCAUUGACCCAAUGAGUGGAGAAAGGUUUCCUGUAUCUGAAGUCAUGAAUAAGAGCCAGUGUGAAAGCCUUGUGUUUAAUGAAUCCAUGCCAUGGGAGAAUGCAAAACUAAACUUUGAUAAUGUUGGAAACGGUUUCCUUUCACUGCUUCAAGUAGCAACAUUUAAUGGAUGGAUCACUAUUAUGAAUUCAGCAGUUGAUUCUAUUGGUGUAAAUAUGCAGCCUAAUUUUGAAGGCAACAUCUACAUGUAUUGCUACUUUAUCAACUUUAUUAUCAUUGGAUUAUUUCUUCCUCUGAGUAUGCUGAUUGGUGUUAUUAUUGCUAAUUUCAACAAGCAUAAAAUAAAGCAGGGAGGCUCAAAUAUCUUUAUAACUGUAAAACAGAAGAAACAAUACCGUGCACUAAGGAAGCUGAUAUAUGAGGACUCUCAAAAGCCAGUACCUCGCCCAGGAAAUAAGUUCCAAGGAUUCAUCUUUGACUUGGUAACAAAUCAAGUUUUUAAUAUCGUCAUUAUGGUUCUUAUCUGUUUCCAAGCGAUAACCAUUAUGAUACAAAGUGACGAACAGAGUCCAAAAAUGGACACUGCUGUCUACUGGAUUAAUUCAGUUUUUGUUAUGCUGUACACUGGAGAAUGUGUACUGAAGCUCAUCUCUUUCCCCUGUAACUAUUUCACCAGAGGAUGGAACAUUUUUGAUUUUAUGGUGGUCAUUUUCUCUAUUACAGGACUAUUUCUGCCUCUGAUGGUAGGACACUACCUUGUGCCUCCUUCCCUCGUGCAACUGAUACUUCUCUCACGGAUCAUCCACAUCCUGCGUCCUGGGAAAGGACCAAAGGUGUUCAAUGAUCUGCUGCUCCCUUUGAUGCUGUCUCUGCCAGCAUUGUUGAACAUUAGUCUUCUCAUCUUCCUGGUCAUGUUUGUCUAUGCCAUCUUUGGAAUGUACAAUUUUGCCUAUGUUAAAAAGGAAGCUGGAAUUAAUGAUGUGUCCAACUUUGAAAGCUUUGGCAGCAGUAUGCUCUGUCUUUUCCAAGUUACAAUAUUUGCUGGUUGGGAUGGGAUGCUCAAUGCAAUUUUCAACAGUAAAUGGUCUGACUGUGAUCCUGAUAAAAUUAACCCCGGAACCCAGGUUAGAGGAGAUUGUGGUAACCCCUUUGUUGGGAUUAUUUACUUUGUCAGUUAUAUCCUCAUAUCGUGGCUGAUCAUUGUAAACAUGUACAUUGUUGCUGUCAUGGAGUUUUUAAAUAUUGCUUCUAAAAAAAAAGCCAAGACGUUGAGUGAAGAUGAUUUUAGGAAGUUCUUUCAGGUAUGGAAGAGGUUUGAUCCCGACAUGACCCAGUACAUAGACUCUAGCAAGCUUUCAGAUUUGGCGGCCGCUCUUGAUCCUCCUCUUUUCAUGGCAAAACCAAACAAGGGCCAGCUCGUUGCCAUGGAUCUUCCCAUGGCUGUUGGGGACAGAAUUCAUUGCCUUGACAUCUUACUUGCUUUAACAAAGCGAGUUAUGGGUAAAGAUGAGAGGAUGGAGAAAUUUCUUUCAGAGAUGGAAUCAGGGUUUCUGUUAGCCAACCCUUUUAAGAUCACAUAUGAGCCAAUUACAACUACUCUGAAACGAAAACAAGAGGCAGUCUCAGCAACCAUCAUUCAGCGUGCUUAUAAAAGUUACCGUUUGAGGCAAAAUGACCAAAAUACAUCAGAUAUUCAUAUGAUAGAUGGUGACAGGGAAAUUCAAUCUACCAAAGAAGGCGCCUAUUUUGACAAAGCUGAGGGAAAGUCGACUAUUCAAAACCAGGUCUAAUCCCACUUACCACCUUUCACCUUCUUCACAUAUCCCCAAAUUAUUAAAACUUUAAAUCAGAAAUAAAAGCAAAGAUCGGAGAAAGUAAAAAUCUCAUUUAAUAAUUGAUUGUUUACAACUCACGGAAGAUAAGCUUGUGUUCACAAUACUCCGUGUCAAAUUCUCUUUUUACUCUUUUACAUUCAGUCUAAACAAGACAACCUCUUAAUAUUAUUGCAAAGUUGACAUGGGUUAAAAUUGCCAUUUCAUAAUCCAGUGCUUGUUUUCUCCAUAUGGCUUAUAUGGUGUGUGCUUCCUCUGGAAGAUGCAGAAGGUUGUCGUAGAGAUUAGUAGCAAAAUGAAGAUGGGGAAGGUGGUGGUAGAGAUUAGUAGCCAAAGGGGCUUCCUUGUGUAGUUUAUGUUUACUUUAACUUGAUGGGAUGCAAGUCACCACUAAUAGGGCUUAGUUACAAAUAAACAAGUACUUAAUGUGGGAUGGUGUUAGAAAAAAAAAAGUAGAAUGCUACAGGCCAUUAAAUCAUAAACUUGCCUAACAGAUGCCAGUUGGACGAAGUGGAAGGACGGUUCUCAGAAAAUGCCUUUGAGACCCAUCACAGAGACUCUUGAGCUGAUUCAAACCACGUUUGAAAAAGAUUGGAGCCCUGUUUUUGUUUUUGUUUUCUUUUAUUUUUGGUAUUAGGAACUAAUGUUGUUUUAUUGUUCUUGGAUCCCUGGUUUCUCAUCUCUCUGGCUAGUUCCACCUAAUCUCCAGCUCUUCAACAGAAUUCGUUUGCAGAACAAGAGGCAUAAAGGGAAAUACAGUAUAGCCUACAUUUUCCUCAUUUACAUUUUUUUUAAAAAGCAUACAUUUACUAAAAUGAUGUGAUAGAGUAUGUGUUAAUAGACUCAAGUCUGACCUUAUCAUAAAACUGAUGUAUUUUUACCAUUUAUCCAUAAUGUAACAUUGAGUACGUAAGAUCUAGCAAAUGCAUGUCAUAAAUAUGAAUCAGAAGAGUCAAGGGCUACCAUUAUGUCUCGGGAUUUUCACAGUGUCUUGAUCCCUAGUUGGGAAACUGGCCACUUUGAAGUACUUUUCAGUGUACUUUAUGACUUUUCAUAACUUAGAGAAAGAAGAUGAUCACUGAAACUGUAAGGACUCUGAAUUAGGAGAUCAAAGUGUAAGUUUAUUGUUGAUGAUGUUUUACAACAUUAGUGUAUGCAAGUUAGUUUUCACUUUCUUAUUUAUCUUUCCAAGUAUUUUUGUUUUUAUUUCAUCACAUACAUAAUUACUCUGGAAAUUGUUUUAUGUUUGAAAAACUUUAAAAUCCUAAACAUUAAUUUUCACUAUUGAAAUUAUUUUUAAAAGAUAGGCACAAAUAGUUGUUUUUUGACAUAUUCAUAAAAAUGCAGUCACUUACAUCCAUGUAGUUUGAGAUUCUGAUUAUUUAUUCCAUUUGUAUGAAGGUUGAUUUCAAUAUGCCUACAAAGUCCUAAAGGAUUCAAAAGGAAAAUAUGUAUACUGUCGACUUAAAUGACAAGCUUUAAAUAAGUUAUAUAGCAUUCAAUAUCACUUAAAUAUCAGUAAUUGUACUUUGUUUGAAUGCAUGAUCUUUAGCCUUAACUAUUAUAAUCUAUUUCUGCUCCUCGGAAAUGUAUUAACCUGACCAAGAUGCCUUUGGGGGAUCCCCUAAGCAAAUGUAAUUUCAGGGUUCUGUUUCUUUCUAUAAGUGUUCCUUCCCUUUCUCCUCCUGUUCUCCAUCAAUUGAUGGGGACAAGUGAGGAAUCAGUGUUGACUUGGUGACAUGGUGGCAGCUGGUGCUUUAUCUGUUUCUCAGUUUUCUAUUUCUUGGAGAUGCUUUAAUGUGGAAACUGCUUCAGAUAUUUAAACUAAAUCUUAACUUGCUUGUGUUAAGUUCCACAAAAACCACAAACUGAUUUUAGCUUGAAAAUUUUGUCUUUUACUUGUAAACCGUGUUUGCCGCUAACUUUCCAAAAACUGUGUAAACAAUUAUUUUUAACAAAGUCUUUAAAAUAUAUUCUACUUUUUAGGUACUAUAGAAAACAGUAAAAAGAACUUGUUAACCACACUAAACUUUGGUUUUUUUUUUCUUUGAUAACUCAGAUUGGCAACUUUGUAUAAUAAGAACUUUUUUAAACGAGACUUACAUUAAAGCUUAUUAGUUCAGGCUCAAAAUUCAAAACUGGAAACUCUUGUGCUUCCUUUGGAUUCACUUAAUUUUGUAAAAUAAGUGUUAGUAAGCUUACCAAAGACCUCUUACACAUUGACAAAAUGUAAAAAGCACUCUUCUUAUCAAAGUUUAACUAGAUAUGUCUCAGUUUAACUUUGUUUACUAGCUAUAUCUCAGUAUUAUUAUAAAUUUGCUUUAUGAAAGAUACAUACUGAAAUUAAACUUAUUGGUAUACUACCAUUUGUCAAUCUCUGCUU